UCGCUGAGCAACAAGGCAUCUACUAUGAAAGGAAAAGAACGUUCACCCGUGAAAAAACGUUCAAGGGCUUUGGACGACGUCCGAGACAGGGGAGGAAGCCACCCAACUAGCAAAAAAAUGGGAGUUAUCUCGAUUUCUAGUGGAAGCAAUAAUGGCAACGGCUCAUCCAAGUGCGAGGGGGGCUCUGCAAGAAGGAGUUUACUCGGUGAAAAAAGAGAUGGCCGGGAUUUUGAUGGUCAUGUUUCUAGUCGGACUGGGAAUAAUCAUAAUUAUACUAAUCCAGUUGCCAGCUCCAGCAAGAAUCAUAACUCAAAUUUGCCUCUCGAGCCAGCAGCUAGGACUAAUUCUCGCGGAGAUCAGCGAGUUCCACUCCCUGCAAAUGAAAGUGAGUACAAAACCCUUAAAAUUAGUGAACUGGGAACCCAAUUAAGCGACGAGGAAAUAGAAGAUGGACUGUUUCAUGAAUUCAAAAAAUUCGGUGACGUGAGUGUUAAAAUUAGCCGCGUAAAUGACGAAAGAAUAGCAUUUGUGAACUUCAGGCGGCCGGACGAUGCCAGGGCUGCCAAACAUGCCCGCGGCAGGUUAGUACUUUAUGAUCGUCCUUUGAAAAUUGAAGCUGUAUAUCUUAAUAGGAGGAGAAGUCGUUCUCCUGUGGAGAAGGAUCAUUUUGCUGCAGUAGUGGGUCACAGACAUUUGCAUACCCAGAGACCGUUGUCUCCAACAGCACUUGGUUACAGGGACUACAGGCUACAGCAGUUAGCCCUUGGCCGUCUCCCGCCUCCUCCACCUCCUCCCUUACCAAGAGAACUUGAAAGGGAAAGAGAGUUUGCGUUUUAUGAAUCCCGAGCGCGCCCGGCUUAUAUUGCUGAGCGAGCUGCAUUCCGUGAAGAGGAUUUCAUCUCUCCAGAGGACGACCAGAGGGCCAACAGGACAUUGUUUCUGGGUAACCUGGAUAUCACUGUCACUGAAAGUGAUCUUCGGAGAGCUUUUGAUAGAUUUGGGGUCAUUACUGAGGUGGACAUUAAAAGACCCACGAGGGGCCAAAGCAGUACGUAUGGGUUUCUCAAAUUUGAGAACCUGGACAUGGCCCACAGAGCUAAGAUCAGUAUGUCUGGCAAAGUAGUGGGGCGGAACCCCAUUAAAAUUGGUUAUGGUAAGGCAACCCCCACAACACGCCUCUGGGUUGGGGGUCUUGGACCUUGGGUUCCCUUAGCUGCACUGGCAAGGGAAUUUGACCGCUUUGGCACUAUUAGGACUAUUGACUACAGAAAAGGGGACACAUGGGCCUAUAUUCAGUAUGAGAGCUUAGAUGCUGCCCAAGCAGCCUGCACACACAUGCGUGGUUUUCCUCUCGGGGGCCCAGAGAGACGACUGAGGGUGGACUUUGCCGACACAGAGUAUCGCUACCAGCAGCAGUUCCUCCAGCCCCUCCCUCUGCCACACUACGACAUUGUGGCCGAGUCAUUUGUUCAUCGCGCCACUCCUGAAACCAUCAGGGUUAGGGAGAGGACUCCACCGCCGCUGCAUUUCCGAGAACGAGAACUGUACCCUGGAGCUGAAUGGCCAACCCCUGCCAUACGAGAGCGUGUGAGGGUGAGUGCGUUUGAGCCGUUGGAGCAUGUUGAACGUGAGAGACGGCCACGGGAGCCGUGGUCGUUGGAACGGGAGCUGCCAGGCAGAGACCCCACGCGCAAACGGCGGAUCCAGGAGGACGGACGGCACUUGGAGUGCUCGCCCGACAGUAGCAGCGAAUGGGCGGCCCGUCAUCGCCGGCAACCCUCUCUGGAGGGCAGUCCUGGCGGGAGCAGCCAAGAUGGACGCUUCAGUGACUCAGAACGUCCCCAAAGGCAGGACCGAGGCUCCCCAGCUCGAGAAAGGCGCGGAAGUCUGGAAAGAGGCCCUGCCGAAAAACGCCUCAAGAGCAGCAGCAGCCUCUCAGAGUCCAGCACCGGAAAUGGACCAACAACGGAACGCAGACGCAAAGCAGGAGACGGUGGAAAGGCUCCUUCAAAGAAAGACCGCUCUGAUCAGGGGGUCUCCAAAGGCAGUCAGUUGUCCAAGCAAGAGGUGGGCGGAAAGCUAAGUAUGGCCUGGCAGGGUAUGCUGCUGCUAAAGAACAGCAACUUCCCGGCUAGCAUGCACCUGCUGGAGGGAGACCUGGGCGUGGCCGUGAGCCUGCUCAUUGACGGCAGCACCGGCAACAAAGUUGCUCAACUUAGGAUCACUCAGCGCCUUCGCCUGGACCAGCCCAAGAUGGAUGAAGUGUCACGGCGCAUCAAAGUCGCGGGCCCAGGCGGAUACGCAAUUCUUUUGGCAGUACCGGGCAGCUCCGAGGAUUUGUUGUCAUCAUCAGACCCAGCUUCGUCAACCCAGCGUCCACUACGCAACCUGGUGUCCUACCUAAAGCAAAAACAGGCAGCUGGUGUCAUCAGCUUACCUGUAGGCGGUAGCCGCGAUAAGGACAACACGGGCGUCCUUCACGCGUUCCCUCCCUGUGAUUUCUCUCAGCAGUUCUUAGAUCCGUCAGCGAAAGCUUUUGCCAAAUCUGAAGACGACUACCUUGUCAUGAUCAUUGUUCGGGGAGCAUCUUAA